UAGCGUUGGGCACACAUACUCUUAAACCUACUUGGGUAUUCCCAGAGUUGCUACUGUGCAAUAGGACUGAUAUUUCUCCCCAUCAUGGCUUCAGUUUGGAAAAGGCUGCAGCGUGUUGGGAAACACGCGUCCAAGUUCCAGUUUGUGGCUUCUUACCAGGAGCUGAUGGUCGAGUGCACCAAAAAAUGGCAGCCAGACAAACUAGUGGUGGUUUGGACGAGAAGAAGUCGAAGAAAAUCCUCCAAGGCUCAUAGCUGGCAGCCUGGCAUCAAAAACCCGUACCGCGGCGUGGUGGUGUGGCCUGUGCCUGAGAACGUGGAAAUCACCGUGACCCUUUUCAAGGAUCCGCACGCUGAAGAGUUUGAAGACAAGGAAUGGACAUUCGUCAUUGAGAAUGAAUCUCCUUCUGGACGCAGAAAGGCACUUGCCACCAGCAACAUCAACAUGAAGCAGUAUGCGAGCCCCAUGCCUACCCAGACCGAUGUCAAGUUGAAAUUCAAACCUUUGUCCAAAAAAGUGGUAUCUGCCACACUGCAGUUCUCUCUAUCUUGUAUUUUCCUGAGGGAAGGAAAAGCCACGGAUGAAGAUAUGCAAAGCCUGGCUAGCUUGAUGAGUAUGAAACAAGCCGAUAUUGGAAAUCUAGAUGACUUUGAGGAAGACAAUGAAGAAGAUGAAGAAAACAGAGUGAAUCAAGAGGAAAAGGCUGCAAAGAUUACAGAAAUUGUAAACCAGCUGAAUGCUCUGAGCAGCUUAGAUGAAGAUCAAGAUGACUGCGUAAAGCGAGCAAAUAUGCCUUCAGCUAAAUCAGCCAGUUCCUCUGAAGAACUUAUCAAUAAACUUAAUUUUCUGGAUGAAGAGGAACAAGACCUGGCCAACUCCAGUACAAAUCCUUUUGAUGAACCUGAUACAGCAGAAUUAAAUCCAUUUGGGGACCCUGAUGUAGAAGAACCAGACGCUGAAAUUGCUUCGUCUUCAAAGCCAGAAGAAAGUUUCUACACUGACGAUUACAAUCCCUUCAAAGAUGAUGAUGCCCCAGAGUACUUGAACCCAUUCGAUGAGCCAGAUCCGGAGCCCGAAUCGUCUGUCACCGUAAGAGCUUCUCCUCCACAACCUGCAAAAAGGAAGAACGUCAGACCAGUGGAUAUGAGCAAAUACCUCUAUGCAGAUACCUCCAAAGCUGAAGAGGAAGAGCUCGAUGAAUCAAACCCAUUUUAUGAACCAAAACCAAGCCCUGCUUUAAUUAAAGUUGCUCCGCUGCAAGAACCAGAGAAGAAGAUGAAAAGAAAGGCUCCCGAACCACCAAACCUCUUGCCAAAGACAGAGCCAGGGACGAGUGAGAACAUCUCAGCUAUUCCGGCAUCGAAGGAGCUUUCGGCUUCUCCCAAG